CAUUGAGUGUUAAAAGAUGAAGUGGAGGGUGUUGAAUCUUGAAACCAUUGUAUAUAGUCUAAUACACAUCCCAAAUGCUGGGGUUGCCUUUCUUCCACUGAUCAAUGAUCUUCUCAUCUUCUCUUUGAAAUGGUUGGUUCUGUUGUGCUCGUAACUCAAAACCCAAUAUGCGCCAUGUUUUUAGUAUUAGGGUACACUGUUCAAGAUCAAAUGAGACUAAGUAGUAUAUAGCUUACAACAUCCCUGCUUCACAUGGUUUGGUUUUAGCCGCCGCCUUGGGCACUAAACUAAAAUUCGUUUACCUGCUCUUUGAUUUGAUUUGAUACGGAUUGAAUUCCCCAUGUUCUUUGCAGUGCAAAAUAUUCAUUUUUAUAUCAAAACAUGGUUCCAACACAAACACAUUCCAUCCCAAAAUAAAAUAAAAAAAUGAAUGUAAAUAAAAUACGUAUACACUAUUGAGUCAAUAAUAUCCCAUGCGGCCAUGAACAUGGACUUCGAAAACCAAAGAUGGCAACUUUAUCCUCUUCCUCAACAACCAAACACCUAAAACAAUAAACCCAAUCGCAAUUCUUCAAAGCCAUUUGAUCGACACAACAACAACAACAAUAACAACAAUAGAUGGGCGUUUUCUCCAAUCUCCGAGGACCCAAAAUUGGAUCGACCCACGAAGGAUUACCCGUAGCCAAUGCCUCCUCUUCGUCCCCUUCCUCUCUCCGCCGUAAAGUUUCCAGCUUUUUGCCAAUCUGCGUGGCCAUCGUCGUCCUCGUCGAGAUCGCGUCUAUGGGUCGCCUCGAUAACGCCUCUUUGCUCGAUACAUUAACGGGUUUUGUCACCAAGUCGCCUUCGGACAAGCAAUCUCCGACUAAACCGUCCGGUUUGAAGAAUGUGUCGGGAAUGGAGAGGUGCGAGGAGUGGUUGGAGAGAGAGGAUACAAUGAGUUACGCUAGGAAUUUCAGUAAAGAUCCCAUCUUUAUCUACGGUGGUGACAAGGACUUUGAAUCGUGCUCAGUUGAUUGCGCAAUUGGAAUGAAAUCAAAUAAAACCCCAGAUGCAGCGUUUGGAUUAAGUCAUCAACCUGGAACACUCAGUAUACUACGUUCCAUGGAAUCAGCAAGAUACUACCUUCAGAACAAUCUUGCUCAGGCACGACGGAAGGGUUAUGAUAUUGUGAUGACAACUAGUCUGUCAUCAGAUGUUCCCGUUGGGUACUUCUCAUGGGCGGAGUAUGAUGUUAUGGCUCCAGUGCAACCAAAGACCGAGAAAGCUCUUGCUGCUGCUUUCAUUUCCAAUUGUAUUGCUCAGAAUUUUAGGCUGCAAGCUCUUGAAGCCUUGAUGGAGGCGAAUGUUACGAUUGAUUCUUAUGGUACUUGUCACCGGAACCGUAAUGAGAGAGUGGAGAAGGUUGAAGCUCUUAAGCAUUAUAAGUUCAGUCUAGCUUUUGAGAACACCAAUGAGGAGGAUUAUGUCACCGAGAAGUUCUUCCAAUCUCUUGUCGCUGGAUCUGUCCCUGUGGUUGUUGGUGCUCCAAAUAUUCAAGAAUUUGCACCAUCUCCUGAUUCAAUCCUUCACAUUAAACAGAUGACUGAUAUAGAGCCAGUUGCAAAGAGAAUGAAGUAUCUUGCAGAUAAUCCUGACGCCUAUAAUAAGAUGCUAAGAUGGAAACAUGAAGGCCCUUCAGAUUCUUUCAAGGCACUUGUUGAUAUGGCUGCUGUACACUCCUCUUGCCGUCUCUGCAUUUUCGUGGCUACAAGGAUCCGUGAGCAAGAAGAGAACAGUCAUGAGUUCAAGAAACGACCCUGCAAAUGCACCAGAGGCUCAGAGACAGUUUAUCAUUUGUUUGUUAGAGAACGAGGCACGUUUGAUAUGGAAUCCAUCUUUUUAAGGGAUGGUGAUCUGACUCUGGAAGCUUUGGAAUCUGCGGUUCUCACAAAGUUUAAGUCUCUUAGACAUGAACCGAUAUGGAAGAAGGAAAGGCCCGCGAGCUUAAGGGGAGAUGGUGUGCUUAGAGUAUACGCAAUGUACCCGCUUGGUCUGACUCAAAGACAAGCCCUUUACAACUUCAAAUUCGGAAAAAACUCAAGUCUUAGUACUCACAUACAGAGUAACCCUUGUCCCAAAUUCGAAGUUGUAUUUGUCUAAGUUUUUUUAUUCAGACCUGGUUAAGUUGAAAGAUAAAAGUGUAUCUUCAAAAAAAAUAUAUAUAACAAUUUGUUUAUUUGUCUUGUUUGGUUCAUAUCUUCAAGAAGAUUGUGUAGAGACACUAACAUCUUCACAUCAGCUUUAACAGAGUUAAAAAAUAUUGCAUGGAUCUUUUACUU